UCACGCGCUGAUGACGACUUGUCCCGUGUCGCUGCGCACCGGCCCUCCGCCAAUGACGUUCUCGGCCACAGAGCGGACGCGAGGCAGCAGAAAGCCGCUCGGUGUCACCUCCACUGCCACCGGCUUGACCAUCAUGUGCUGCAGGGCCGCCUCGUGCUCGCACGGCCAGAAGACGUCGGCGCACUUGGAGGCGAAGGCACGCUUCUCCUCGACAGACGCAAAGGAGACGGCUCUGGCACAUCUGCCGCGGUAGGAGGACGGGGCAUGACAGCUUAUGCCGCCAGCACCAACCGACCAACCUGACAUACAAACAAACAAAUGGAUACUUACAGGAUUCGGGCUAUCAGUGACACUUCCUUACCCACAGGACACUUUGAUGUGUAGUCUCUGCUGCAGGUAAGCUUGCAUGGCCACUGGACGCCGCACUUGCUCUCAAACUCCUUCUUGUCAUCCACUGUGGCUGCGAAGAGGUCAUAGUUUUCGUCACCGCACUCACCAAAGUAUGAGGGAGGAGGCUAGCCGUCACGUACCGCACACACAGGCAUACGGACAUACAGACACAAAUUGGUUGGCUGGCUGGCUGAUUGAUGGAUGGAUGGAUGUAUUCACCUUGCACGAGGCGAGGUCAUCGGCAAGCGGCCAAUUUCGCGGACAUACGAACGAGUAGUCCUGCACAAAGACAUAAUACAGAGAAUGACAACACCGAUGGAUGCGAUGCAUCAAUGCUUGUGUCUCUCUCUUGUCUGCAGCGCCAGCCAUGUGUAUGUUUAACAUACCUUGUCGCAAGUCGACUUGCAUGGGUACAGCACGUCGCAUCUCUUCGCAAAGGCCAUCUUGAGAGCGGGCUGCACACAAAUGUGAUACAUCCCCACAUCCACACAUAAUCCACACAUCCAUCGCAUUAUAUCCUCUCGUCUGUCUGUCGCUGUCUGUGUUCAUUCAUUUACUUUGAGGAGGGCGAGUGGCUCUUGAGAUCUGCAUUUGGUGUAGGACGGCGGCGCCACACAAGUGCCGUUCAUGAAGUCCGUCCAGCCCAUCGGGCAGUUGGCCAAGUAGUCUCUCUCGCACUCGCUGACACACGGCCAAUGCACUGAGCACGAGGCGCUCCUGAGACACACAGCAAGAUAGAUACAGCCACGCAUGCACGUGCCCCCCGGCUGGCUGACCAGUGCUGUUUCUGAGCUUCGUCCAAAAGGGCGAAGGUGAACUCUCUGCUGCAGCGCGCCAUGUACGCUGCUGGUGCUCGGCACUUGCCGCCGCCAAUGUCAAUCCAGCCUACGUCACACACACAGUCAGUUGUGAGACACAUACCAGGCACACAGGCAUCCAUCCACCGACCUUGUGGGCAGAGUUGGGUGUAGUCGUGGUUGCACACCGACUGGCAGGGCCAUCUGACCUCACAGUCUGUCUCCAAUUUCUUUUUGGCGUCGGGUGACAUGUACAAAAAUAUCCCACUCCUGCCGCACGGACCUACAUCAAUUGGAACAGGGAAACCAUACAUUCACAUGACAUUGUCCCUCUCUCUCUGUGACGUCUAUCUGUUUAUGUACCUUUGUAGGUCGCUGGUGCAUGGCACGUCUGGCCGUCGUCGGCAUCCUCCCAGCCACGCGGGCACAGCUUCUCGUAGUCACGUGCGCACAACUGACAGACAGCCAAAGAGACAGGAUUUUUUGGUUGAAUGCAUGUGUGUACCUGUCGAGUCGGCUCUUCCUUCAGGCUUGCUGCCUCCUCCUCGUUGUGCACUCGUGUCUCGUUGGCGACGCUUAUGGCCUCAAGCGCAACAUCAUGAAUCUGACACGGAGCCAUUCACACCGAUGCAGCCACUGUAUCUUGUCCAUGUAAUGAUGCUUACGCCUUCGAAGAGAGCUAUCUCUGCGUCCUUGGAGGCCUGUGUCUCAGCUCUUGUCGCCUCCUCCAGCUUGAGCCCCUGCUGCACCGCGGGAGACACAGGAAGGAGUGCAUGGCCGAGAGUCGCCCUCACGACAACCAGCAGCGCAGCGACAGCCAAGUGAUGAGAGGAACGCAU